AUGGAAAAGGACAUUCGACCUCACCUGGAAGCCGACUUGCCCUGGGAAGCCGACACUUUUUUCCCGCCGACCACCAAGCGAGCAUUUGGCUUGAUAGGCAAAUCCCAGGCGUUCGCGCUGCAUGUCAUUGGGAAUGAGCUCUAUCAGGCUGUAUGCGAUGCCUUCUUGACGACCAAGUGCUAUCCGUACUUUGGCAAUCGCAACAUCCCCAACGUCUCCCGUCCGCAGGUCAAUAAUACCAUUGCCUUUUCCGUGCGGCCCGGCAACAGUUACGACCAGCCGCUGCACCGCGACGACGAUAUUCACUAUGCCGACCGACCUCGCGUGGAGCGCUAUCCCGACCAGACCAACUCGCGCGACUUUGGCGUCGGCUUCUUCGUCGCCGUGAAGAAAUCCACCAAAGCCAACGGCGCCACACGCUUCAUUCCCGGGAGCCAUCUCGAAGCGACGGUACAGCCGCCCGAGGAGGACUUCGCCGUGUAUGCGGAGCUGGAGCCAGGCGAUGGCUUCAUCAUGCUAUCGAGCUGCUACCACGGCGGCAGCGCCAACAAAACCACAGACGAGGAACGCUUACUGGUCAGCUGCUUCAUGACGCGAGGAUAUUUGCGACAAGAAGAGAAUCAAUACCUGGCCGUGCCCAUUGAGAAAGCACGUGCUCUGCCGCCUCGCAUCCAGAAGCUGAUGGGAUAUGCCCCGAGCGAUCCUAUGCUGGGCUGGGUGGACUUUAAGGACCCGCGCGUUGUGUUGGACCCCGAGGAGAAGGGGAGAGUGGGACAUCAGAAUAUGAACAAGUACGCGCAAGCGCAGACGACAUGA